AACAAAAUGAUGAACAAGAUGGGCAGUAUGUCGAGCGAGGCUGAUGAUAUGGCGGAUCAACUGAUGAAAGAUACGGAAAUGGCGAUGAACGAAAUGGAUGAUGAGGUUAUGACAAUUGUGCAGGAAACGGGUGACUUGGCUACCAACGAAACACUAGACGUAAUGGAUGCCAUGAAAAAUGAAAUCAUGAAUAAUCAAGCUAACGACAUGAUGGUUGAGGACAUCGAAGGAUCAAACGACAGUACGCAAGAAAUGACUGACACCGCAACACCCGAAGAAGCAGCCGAGAUCAAAGCUGACGCCACAAACGACAACAAUAUGACAGCACAAAGUUAGAAAGUGGAUCCGUCUGUCGUGUCGAGUUGUUGUCGUCGUCACCGUCAUCGAUCGCCGCCGUUGGAAAAUAAACACACGAAAAAUUAACAGAGAAUCAGCACAAAGUUCAUUGAAAAAAAA